CACCAUGGUAUCAGUUGCAGCCUGCCUUCGGCGUUUGACGCGCUGAGCAAUUGCGAGGAGGUCGACCUCGUCAGCGGCCUUGCAACAGGCAUAAGGCGAGGCUUGGGUCCUUAGAGCGCGCAUGCACCCGCAGCUACAAGCUUGCUGCACGACGGCGCUUUACCACGGCGCAGCGAGGGAGACACGUGGCGUACAGCGAAACCCGGGCCACCACACGGAGCAGCGCUGACCGGGGCUCAAACCGCGUGUGAAGCGCGCAUCCAGACUCUGGCGUGGGCGGCGGCGUGAGCUGGCCGCCGACGCUGCAUGGAGUGCCUCUGCCUGCCGGAUGGAAGCUGGCGGCAGGUGGUGGAGGCGGCGUGCCGCCUAGUGGUGGACCCGGCAGCCACCGCGGCAGUAGCAGCCGCGGCAGCAGCUCUAGGGGUCGGCAGUAGCCCGGCGGGCUCGGCGCAGCCGCAUGUGCUGGUGGCGGUGCGGGGCGACGGCUACGGAAAGGCCGGAGAGGCGGCUGGAGCUGCAGUAGCAUACCAGCGCGUAAAUGAGCCGGAGCUGGGGCGGCGACUGCGGCCUUGUAGCAGCCUGGUGACGGACGCGGGGGGCCAGCUGGGCCGCCUGCCUCCCGGCACGCCGCUGCUGGUGGCCACCUCCGCCCCGCCCCCCGCCCACGGUCCGGCAGCGGGCGGCACCAGCAGCGGCGGGCGCUUCUACGACGCCGUACUGGUGGCGUACCAGGCCGGCGGCGCACUGAUGCUGGAGUGGCAACCCCCUGCGCUGCCCGGGGCGGACCCUGGCCGCCCGGCAGCGGGGUCGCAUGUGACGGUCCCGGCCGCAGAAGUUGCAGCGCGCGUGCGCCUGACGGCGCAGCCCGCACCCAUCGAAUCCAUGCCAGCGGUCUGGAUGUGGAGGACGGCGCUCAUCGCAGCUACGCAGGCGCACGGUGCAGCAGGGGCGUCGAGCGCAGCGCACCACCAGCACCACCAGCAGCAACAGCAGCAACAGCAGUACCACCAGGCCCUGUUGCAACAGCAGCUGCAGGCGCAGGCGCUCAUGCACAACCAGGCCGCUGCUGCGGCCGCCGCUGCAGCGGCCGGCGCCCACCCAGCAGCAGCCGCGGCCGCAGCUGCAGCUGCGGCCGCGGCCUUCAGCGCGGCACACACUGCUGCACCGCGGCCGCUUGCGCCGUCGCUGCUUAUGCCGCCUGGGCUGCCUGCGGGCUGGCCGCUGCCGCAGCCCUCCUCAGGCGGUGCAGGAGGCGGUGCGGCGGCGGUGGCAGCUCCCCAGGUGGCUGCGUGCCUGCCCCUGUUGGACCUGUCAGGCGGCGCGCCGCCAGCGCCAUCAGCGCCCGGCGGCGAGGGUCUGCCCGCACUCCCGCCGCCGCCGACACAGGCGACCAGCCAGCUGAGCGAGCAGAUGCAGCCGCACCAGCUGCAGGCGCAGCACACGGCACACCGACAGCUGCCGCCGCCCUCGCCGCCGCACCGCGGCAGUGCCGGGUACCCCCACCGCACGCCGCCGCCGCCUUCACCGCUUCGCCAUGACGACGACAAUGGCGCCGAGUCUUCGGACGCGGCAGACUCAGCGGCUUGGGAUGGCGGUGGAGCCGGCGCCGGCGGACACGGACUGCCGCUAGGUCUGCCGCCGCUGCCUAGGGGCGCAGGCAGCGGCGGCGGGCGCCGCCGCCGCGGUGGCGGCGUGACGACGCACGCGUCGCGCUUCUUGCCGCGGCCCACGGCGUCCAGUGGCGGCGAGUCGGGUCCGGGCCACCACGCGGCGGCGGCGGGCGGCGACGACGGCGCCGUGGACUCGACUGUGCACCACGUGGACCCCAAGGAGAUGGGGCUGCCGGAAGGCUGGCGCUGCUGGUGGAAGAUCCGCGCGGGCGGCAAGGAGGCCGGGCGGCGCAAGGAUUUCCGCUACCAGUCUCCCGAUGGCCGCCGAUUCAUCAGUCUGCUCAGCGCCCGCGAGCACGCCGCACUGCUUGCUGGAGCCGCCGCAGCUGCCGGCGUCGCAGUCGCCACCGGCACGCCGCCGCCGUCAAGCGCGCCGCUGGCCGCCGACGUGGCUGGGGCUGCCUCGCGACCGCCGCACCCCGCCGUGGCCGUGCACGCUGCGCCUCACCAGCACGGCAUGCACCGCACGCACAGCAGCCAGUCGCUCCACUCCGCCGGCGGCGCCGCCGCCCACGGCCACCACGCCCAGGCACAUGGCCAUGCCGGCCACCGCGGCGGCCGCUCCGGCAGCCGCGGCCGCGGCGGACGUGGCGUCCGGCGGCGGCGCGGGGGCGGCCGUACGGGACUCGGCGGCGGCGAGCUCGGGGUCUCGGAUGGCGAGUACGGCGAGGAUGAGGACGAGGACGAGGCCCUGCAUGACGUCAUGGCCAUGCACCACGACGGCGAGAGCGACGGCAGCCAGGGCGGCGGCGGGCACCACGGUGGCGGCAGCCGCCGCGGCCGGUCACGCGGCGGCGGACGUGGCGGCGGCGGCGGCGGCGGCAGCAGCCGCUACGCCAGCAUGGAGCCGCCGCUGCGCCGCAGCUCCGGCCACGACGGCGGCGGCGCGCGGGCGCAGCUCAGUGGCAUGGACGAGGGCGACGGCGCCGCCACGCCGGGCGCGGCGGUGACGCCGGAGAUCAGCUUCCAAGGCGGCAGCCAGCUUGGGGCCGGGCUGGGCGGCGGCGGUCGCGACGACGAUGAGGCGCACCAAAAGCCGCCGCGGGGGCUGGGCGACUGGGCCAGCCUGCUGACGGGGCUGGACGCGCUGGCGGCGGCGGCGGCGGAGGUCGGGCGCGACGAGCGGCGCGCCGCGCGGCGCGAGCGGCAGGCGGUGGCGGCCGCGGAGGCCGCCGCCGCGGCGGCGUCUGCUGUCACAGCGGCCGCAGCAGCGGCGGGCAAAUCGCUGAGCCUGACGCCGGCGGCGGCGCGGCAAGCGCCCUUCGUGCCGAUGGUCAGCCCCUGCAUUGCAGUCGUCGUGGGCCGUCCGGCGGCAGCGCUGCCAGCGGUGGCGGUGGCGGCGCCGUCGCGUCAGGGCACACCUGGUGCGCUCCAAGCGAUGGCCUUGGCGCCGCUGCCGGCAGCCACGCAGCUGCGCACAUCUCGUGACGGCGGCGGCCCCGCUGACAAGGGCCCGGGAGGCUUGGUGCUGCGUAUCACGCCGGCCGCAGUGGUGCGGCCGCUGGACCAGGCAGCGGUAGCAUCCGCCGCCGCCAGCGCCGCCGCCGCCGUCGUGACGCGCUACGGCCGCGGCGGCGCCGCCGCCGGCGACGGCACGUCUUCGUCAUCGGGUGAGGACGAGGCUGUCGAGGCCGAAAUUGACCGAGGCGUCCUGCACCCCGCGCAGCUGCUGUACCGCGGCGCCCACAACUCACACCGCCACCGCAGCCAGCGCGGCGGCUCGGCGGCCCCGCACGCCGCGGGCGGCGAGGGCGCCGGCCGCGGCCGCAGCCUGAUCCCGGGGCUCGGCCGCCGCUCCGCGAGGUCGCCGCUCCGCUCCACGGGCCCAAGCGCGUCAGCCGCGGACGGCGGCGCGUUUGCUACCACCGCCUUCGCGGCGGCGGCGGCCAUUGGCCCAGAUCUGUCCUUUGGUGACCACGCAGGAGGCGGCGGCGGCGACGGUGGCGGCGGUGGUGUGACGACCAGCCUGCUGCGCCGCCGCCGCAGCAUCCAGUAUGGGGUGCAGGACCUGACCGAUGAGGACGACGAGGACCGAGAGCUGUCGCAGCUUGGAGGCGGCGGCGGCGGCCUGCAGCGCGGCGGCGGCGGUGGCCCCGGCAUCUCUGCCACGCCACCGCCGCCGUCGCAGGGCCUGGACGUGCUGGGCAGCCUGUUCGGCGGCAGUAGCAGCCCCGCCAGCGCCGCUGCUACAGCCGUGGCGGCGCUGGCCGCCGGCGAGUCCACGUUGUCGUCGGUGCGGCUGGAGCUGCGGCUGAGCCUGACGGUGCGCGAGGUGGCACAGCUGGCCCUCGCCGCCGCCGCCGCAGCUGCAGCCGGCCGCCAGCCCGCGUUCUCGCCCGCCAGCGCCAGCUACCAGCCGCUCCGCGCCAGCGGCGCCGAGCCGCUGCAGCUCUCCAGCAAGACACGUGCGGGGCUGGUGACAGCGCUGAGCGCGGCGGUCCGAGACGCGCUCACCAGCAGUAGCGGUGGCGGCGGAGGCGGAGGCGGCAACUCGUCACCGGGCGACGCCGCCGCCGUCGCAGCCGCAGCCGCGGCGUCGGCAGCAGCGCGCUGGAGCGGGAGCGGCACCAGCCCACAAGGGUCGCCCAAGCCGGCGGGCGCGCCGCCGCCGGUGUCCGCGGCGGGGGCAGGCGGCGUGGCGGCGCCGGGCGCCGGCGCGGCGGUGCGGCUGCCUGACGGUCUGGACGGCAGCCAGCUGGUGCAUGCGCUGGAGUCGGUCACGGAGCUGCUUGUGCUUGGGAUGGACCCGGACGGCGCCGCCAACAACGGCGCCGGCGGUGGCGUCACCGGUGGCGUCGGCGGCAGCAACGCAGCCCAGGGCAAGGACGGUGGUGCGGCGCGUGUGGAGCGCACUUUAGCGCCGCCAGCUGGAGCCGCUGCAGGAGCUGGCACAGCCGCUGGCGCGGCUGGCGACAAGCGCGGUGGAUUGGAUGGCCAGCCGCCGCCCUUCGCAGCCCGCAGCUCCUCGCCGCCGCCACCGCACGUGCUCCAGCCGCCCAACGUCUCCACGCAGCUGGCCGUGGGGGCGCAGCAGCCGCUGCCGCUGCUGUCACCCACAGUCCACCAAGCCAGCGGCGCCGCGCCGGCGGCGGCCGGCGGCACGCUGUUGCUCCCCUCGGUCGGCAUCACCGCGCCGCCGCCAACCGCAGCGCCGGGCGGCGGCUCGCCCACUUGGCCGGCCUCGCUGCCCAUGCCGCAGCCGCGGGCGGUCUUCCUGCCCGUCUUCUCGCCCUCGCCGGCGCCCCCAACGCAGUCUGUGGUGACGCCGCGCCUGACCAUGGCGCCCUUCCCGGCCGGCGGCAGCAGCGCAGUGUUCACGGGGCGCAGCCGGGAAAGCUCGGCGGCCGCCGCUGCGGCCGCCGCUGCGGCGGUGGACGGGGCAAAGGCGGCAGGCGGCGGAGACUCGAGCCCGCCCAGUGGCGGUCAGCAGGCGCAGGCGCCGCUGAUCAACCUGGUCUCUGAGCCCUCCCUGGCCAUGCCGCUGCCGCCCUUUUUCCUGCCGUCAGAGGGCCACCAGCAGCAGCACCCAGAGUCACAUGAUGCGCCGCUUCCGCUGCCUGUACCUGCUCCGCAACAACCGCAGCAGCAGCAGCAACAACCGCAACAGCAGCAGCAGCAGCCGCACCAGUUGCCCGAACCGCCCACCUUCCAGCCGCACGUGCUGAUGCCGCAGCGGCAGCAGCACCACCAGGCGCAACUGGCGCUCCUGCAGCAACAACAGCAACAGCCGCAGCAGCAACAGCAGCCAGAGGUGCAGUCUGAGGGGUCGUCUGACGGCAGCGACGGCGGCAGCAACGGUGGCGUGCAUGCAGCAAAGCGCCGCCGCAUGCACGAAAGCGUUGGGGACGCAUCGGCGGUGCAACCGCCGCUAUCUGGCGCUGGCAGCGGCCACGUCAGCAGCCACGCCAUCAGCUCUGGCGGUGGCACUGGCGCUGCUGCCACCGGCGCCGCCAGCGGCGGCAUCUUUGCGGCGCGGCUGCACCAGGCGCAGGGCGUGGGCGCAGGCCCAGGCCUGGCCGGCAGGUCUGCACAGCCUCUUCCACAGCCGCAGCCCCAGGCUCUGCACCCGCACCAACACCAGCCACAGGCUCUGCCUCCGUACCCAAUGCCUGGAGGCCCCGGCGCGGGCCUCGGUGGCGCGCAGCCGCAUGCCGCCGCCGCGGCCGCCGCAGCAGCGGCGGCCGCCGCCGCUGUCGCCGCCGCCACCAGCUACCCGCACCUGGUUCCCACCCAGCACGUGGUGCAUCACCACGUGGCCCCGCUGCCGCCGCAGCAGCAGCCGCACCACCUGCCUCAACUGUCGUACGCGCACUCGCACGCGCCGCCGCACACUGCCGCCCCGGGGCAGCCGCCGCCGCAGCACCAGCCGCCGCCGCCGCACCACCCGGGCUCAGCGGCACAGCACCAGCACCAUGCAGCUCAGGCGCAGGCCCAAGCACAAGCACAAGCCCAGGCCCAAGCGCAGGCUCAGGCUCAGGCUCAGGCUCAUGCGACCAUGAUGGCUGCGGCCCAGGCUGCACUGGUAGGACACAGCGCGGCUGCAGGGCUGCCGGCGCCGCACCCGUCUCACGCCGCACCCAUGUACGGCUCCUGGCAGCCUGGCGCCAUGGGCUUGCCGCCGCCAGGCCAGCCGCCGCCGUCCAAUGACGCCUUGGCAGCGGCGGCGGGCAUGAUGGCUGCGCGCGCGGUGGCGGCGGCGGCCGCGGCAGUGGCUGCGGACCCGGCAACGGCUGGGGGGUGGUCGGUGCCUCAUGCGCCGCAUGCCGCAGGGGACGGCGACCAGCGGCCAGGCCACCAACAGCAGCAGUAGCAGCCGCAGCAGCUACACACACCUGGCGUGUGCCCUGAUGCUCCUGUGCGGAGGUGAGGAGACCGCGUCUUGUUUAGGGGGCUUCUUUUGUGUAUGGUGAGGCGGUCGGUGGCCGGCGUUCAUCAAACUGCAGGAUGGUGGCGAGUUGGGACAGCAUGAGGUCGUGUGUGAGUUCAAUGGGGAGGUUCGUCCGGAUCUCUGCAAGCGGAGGCGAGCAGAGAAUGUUGCCCCGUUCUGCAUUGUAUAGCAUCCCAUGUGUAGGCGAUACGGAUGGCUUUCGUGCUGCUUCAUUGAGCGCGGCACGGCGUCCAGAGCGGAACCUUGCCGAGGCGCACAGUGUAGGCGACAGGACCGGGUGCGUGGCGUUCCCUGAAUGUGGCAUAGGCUCAGCUCCACGCUGACAUGACGGCGGGAGCAGACAGCACGCAUGCGUGCGGUUUGAGUGUGAUGGCGUUGUCCGAUGCACAUGUGCGUGUCUGGUAGGAGGGUGAACGAAGACUCUGUACACUAAUUUAUUCUUGCGUGCUUCAUGUGGUGACAAGCUGUACACUGUUGCGGCUUAGGUAUUCGGGGCGGAUUACAACAAGAGGGUGAAAUGUAUGCGGGAAGCGUAGUGGCGGACUGCAAGGAGGAUAAUUUGUCGCCGGGCAGCCUGGCGUGUGCUGGCGCGGUUGAACUGCCCCACGGCGUUUCAGUAAGGCGUGUAAAUAGCGAUCAGCUUUGGCGGCGUCUUGAGAGCGUUGAUAAGUACAUAAAGUGUAACGACACUGCGUU